GGGAGGUGACGCAGUGCCUGUCGGGAAGGCAGCGGGAGCGGCCGGCCCUCGGCGGCGGAGGGCGCCAUGGUGGGUGGCGAGGCGGCUGCCGCGGUGGAGGAGCUGGUUUCGGGCGUGCGGCAGGCGACCGACUUCGCCGAGCAGUUCCGUUCUUACUCGGAGAGCGAGAAGCAAUGGAAGGCCCGCAUGGAAUUCAUCCUGCGCCACCUGCCCGACUACCGAGACCCGCCCGACGGAGGCGGCCGCCUGGACCAGCUGCUGUCCCUCUCCAUGGUCUGGGCCAACCACCUCUUCUUGGGUUGCAGUUACAACAAAGACCUUUUAGAUAAGGUGAUGGAAAUGGCUGAUGGGAUUGAAGUGGAAGACCUGCCACAGUUUACUACCAGAAGUGAAUUAAUGAAAAAGCAUCAAAGCUAAGGCAGAAGAGUCAUCCCAUUUUCAUCAGCAGCUACAGGCUUAGAAAGGAGGCUGGGAUGAAUGUGACACUGGCCACAGAAGGUCUCUUAAGACUCCUGGUACUAUCAACAUGGAGGAGAGAGGCAGCUGAAAGUGGCAUUUUAAAAGGUCUCCUCCUUCUUCCAGUAGCUGUCACUGUAAAAGUAUGCAUGGAUAUUUAUGUAUUUAUAAAUCAUACCCUUUUUUAUUUGGUUUUUGAAUAUCAGACUUUUUGUUAAAAAUGUGUAUUUUUUUUAUGUUGAUGUAAUAAUGGAGGUAGUAGAUUUUACAGUUUGGAUUUCUCAACAGUGUACCUUUAAGUGUAAUUCUAUUUGUGGUCGUUUUUUUCCCUGACUGAUGCAAACCAGAUCCCUUAUUUCCUUAUUUCUAUCUGAAGUUUAUGCCAUCCGUAUACUCCACUGCCACACACUCCUAUUUUUAAGAGAUGAGUGAGAAUCAAACCUUAGGCCUCAUCAUCAGGUACUCACUCAUCAGCUCAUGGGAGGAGGCCGCCUACAAAAAAGCAUUUGCCUUUAUUUAAAAACCGACCACACAAGAUCCCACAGCUUGGUCCGGGCAGCCAGUUGAUCCGCAGACCCCCGGGGCCCUCCCAGCGGCCGGGGAAGCCCACAUGCCCCUUUUCUGGCGGGAGCCUGAGGCUCCACUCUUCUGCACUUGAGGAAUGGCCAUGCGCACAGCCCCUCCAGAAAUACUUGAGUGCAGUGCUGCUUUGCCCUGAAACUCAGGUAUUAACUGCCUGCCCCCUUUUAGGGAAUGUACCUCUUCUUUAUCCCUUCCCGUUCCUCUUUCUUAUUUAGUACCCAUUAUUAAGUAUUUAUUUCCAGCCAUAAAUACUGAGACAGACUUCAUUUGGGGAACAGCAAUGUAAUAGCAAGUCACAGCAGGAUUCACUUGUCAGGGUGCCUGGUCCUGGGGAUGGUGAUGAGUAAGACAGUGGACCCUGCCUUAGCUUCAUCGCCUGGGGUAAAGACGGGUCAUUGAACAACUGGGAGAAGAAGAGGAGCGCUGGUGGUGGGAACAGGGUGUCUGGGGGCAGAGGAGGGGGAUAACUCUUGCCCCUGGCUCAAGGCUAAGGCCAGGCUGCACACCUCUGAUGGACGGACAUCUUUGUGCAGCGUCCAGCUGUAAUCUGUAGCGACCACUAGGGGGGCCCAUGGGAAGAAACAGGAUUUCAGGUCUCUGAGUCUAACCUUGGACAAGCCACUUCUCUCCCUCUGCCUUACCUGGAAAGUGGAGAUCACAGAAAUACCUACCACAAAGCGAUGGUAAGCAUUAAGAUGUUAGAGGCCAAGCACGUGCUUAGUGAGCCUUCCCCUCUUCUUUUCCUCAAAGCAGCCUAGCCUUUUUCCAUUCUCAUCAUCUGUAUAGAUUUAUGAGGCUUCAAAAACCAAAUUAUAAAGUGAAAAAUCAAGAGUGUGAUUGUUCACUUUCAAAAUGUUUUCUAUAGGUUUCUCAUCAUGAAUUCUAUUUAUAAGAUAAAAUGUCCCAAUAAAAUAGUAUUCCUGUCAGGAACGUGUCCAUUGCAUACAGCAAGCUUACACUGUGGACUCAUUACCUGCAUCCUCCCCAUCUCCUUCAGCUUAUUUUUGAAGACUUCUCUAGUUAACCAAAGUCCAAUUUUCUGAUACCAUUUUCUAAUGGGUAUACCAUUUUCUCAUUUCCUCAGUUUAAGCUGCCUGUUUUUCUUCUCAGCUUACCAUUACAACCUCCGUGGCUAUCUUACCUAUAAAAUUAACCAGUGUUUUGUAAUUUCAUCUUUUAUCUUUCCCUGGAAAAAAUGGGCUAGAAAUCUCAUUUUCUGCAUUACAGACUGCAGCACUCCUUGGGGUGUAGGUAAAGUGGCCAACUCUUAGCUUUCAAACAGGAGCUCACACUGGAUGCAAGCUAAAAGAUACUAGCAUCUUCAUAUAUACACAGUCUUGCCCAAGACAGGGUGAGGACCAAGUGAGAUCUUAGGAAGGGACACGGUAAAAGUAUUACCUUCAAGUAAUGUCUAUGAGGGGAUCUUUUUUGUUGGACAUGGCUCAAAACCUGUGAGAAGCAAGUGCUAACAGCAGUUUAGGGUGCUUAGUUAACAGUGAUGCUCUUUGUUAUCCAGAAAAUGGCUUUUUGAAACAUCCCUUUGCGUCUGUGGCCCACCUGAUUAAUCCUCUACCUUUGCAGAGGAAAGGAUUCCCUCUGAACUUUGCCAGGAUCCAUUUGGACCUAUGGCUGACCUGUUGCACAGGCACGGGGAGGAAUCACACUCAAUCACUGCCUACCCUCUGAUGCUUUGCUAUCUGUAGUAAAUGGCUAUGAAAAUACACAUCGGUGCAUCUGUUACCCUGUAUGUCAGAUUUCUGUUACCCUGUAUGUCAGGUGCUGGGUACCCUUAUGUCUGGAAAGAGACUGUCAACUUCUGGGGUCUGAGAUCUGUCAUCUAGUCAUGGCUCUCAUUCUUGACUAAUUUAGGGAUAUCUUUUAGCUCUGUAGGAGUUAAGAGUAAACCCAAAUCUUAAGAGGCAAGCGUUUUAGAACUUAAACAGAAUUUUGGUCAUAGGGAAAUUGCUUCCUUCAACAAAUGCUGAGUGCAUGCUAAAAAAAUUAUCUGCCCUCAUGGGCACACACACACACCUCUGGGGGAGAAACAGAAUCUCACCUGGCUUUUCAUUGAAAUAAAUAGUAAGCGAGAAAACCUGUUAACUUAUUUAAAUGAAAAGCAAGCCAAGCGAAGUUCUGUUUCUUCCCCAAAGUUGACUCUGUCCCUUCACAGUUAUGUCUCCCAGGGCGAGGGGUGGCAGGGCUGGCUGCCCUUCUCACUUCGGUUUGGAAGGUUUUUCUCACAAUGCCAGCAGGAGGCCAGAGUCCUCGGCAUGUGCUCCCGUCAGAGGAGGAGGUAGGCCUGCCACCUUGCCUACAGACAAGAGGACCAGCCAAGGAGGUGGGGUAACAUCACCUGAACAGAUACCUUUGGAAAUCAAACAGAAAGUAAACAUUGAGACUCCUAUGUUCCCAUUAGAUGGAGCUAAUUCUUACCUAUUCUAGACCGGUUUUCCUCGACAGUGCUGUCAGACAAAGGUGCCUCUUUGGAUGGGAACCAGCCCAAGUCCCAGCUUUCUUUCCCAGCCCAGGAAAAGUAGGCUGACAAACCAAAACUAUCCUUGAAUAUGGCCCUCCAAACUAUUUGCCUGGGAGAAGGAUGCUGUUAGGGGCCUGAAGCAGGUCUGGGUACUUAAUAGUGAAGGGACAAUUAAGUUAGGUCAACCUUGAACCAGUGAUUAAAGCCCUUGCUUUGCUGUGAAUGCUAGUACCAAAAUCUCAUCCUAUUAGGGCUGCAUUUUCCUUUCCCUUUGAUAUUUUCUUAUACUAAGAAUAUUUAACUGAACCUAAUAGAUGUGAACUUGUAGAUAAUUCCCCGAAUUAUUUCAUCUCAGUGAAGGGAUCUGCAAAGUGGGGAUGAUUGCUAUUUUAAUCUUCAUAGGAGGAUUCAGUGGAAAAACUUUCACUUUCUAUGAAAGUACCUGGUACUUAAUGAACUCUCACUGCUUCAUUUCUGCCCUACUUUCCCUUUGAGGCCAAGCUGGAAGACAUGAAAUGUUUCAACUAACUUAAAUUUACAUGCAAGAAAAGUGAGCAUCCAUCAUCACCCCACCAGACCGGGCUCCAUCCCGAGCUGCAAUACGGACCUUUUUGGUUAACGUUACGGAGAAGAGCCUACGUGGCCCCAUUAGGUACUCGGGAGAUGUGCUGACAGUGAAUGGCAGUAGGCUCUGAACAAUGCAGCACCAAUCCAGUGCCACGCUCUUAUGGAAAGGGCAGAAGCAAAACCUCCAGGAUGGGGGAAAGGGGUCAGCAGAUGGCCAGCCUUGCCCAGAACGCAUGUCCACUGCAGUCCUCCCCCGACACAAGUGCCCUGGCACCCCUGUACUGCCUGGGUCUAGGGGCCUGGGGCUUGCAAAGGCAGGAGGUAUGCUCCUUUCUCUGUGAACACAGCCUUUGCUCUAGCACUGGCUCGAGUCUCACCCUGUAAAUUAACUACAUUCCUUACCACUCUGGGUGAACUGUGGGCCCCAGGUGACGGCACAGGUGGGCUUGGACCAUCACCGACAGUCACUACUUCCCGUUAAACCAGUGUUUUUCAACUUCUCAGGUGGGGAUACAAUGACUCAUGCUUCCUUCUACCGUUGUUUACUAAAUUAGUUUUUACUACGUUCUAUUUUUAUACCAAAAAAACCAGAAAACUGCUAAUUAAAAAGUGUCUCGAGGAUUUGGAGCGUGGACCCUGGAGGUCCUCACUAGCCUGCUGUCCUCCCACCCAGGUCUGUGCAUGUACUGCCAGAAGCAGUCGGGAAAGCAGUUCCCACUUUGGGGCUUUAAGUUUCAAUCUUUGGUACGUAUGUUGUUGCUCUUACAGCCUGGUACCUCAGACUUGGCCUUGAUAGGGUGCCAUGGUGAUUGUGGUCUGUUCUUAAGCUGCUCUGUGUAAAAGAACACCCAGCCCUUCAAAAACCAACAUGGAAAGGCUAACAAAGGCUAGGGAGGAGAAGUUUCUCCCUGAACAGAUGGGCUCAUCACCCUCACCACCGCCAGGUCCCAAUACUGCCCCCACUGAUCUGACUUGCAAAAGAACCUCUUGUAACCACCUCUAGGAUGGACCGUCUUCACUCUAAAGGCAACCUUCCAGCUGAUGUUCCAGAGUCUCCACCGGAAACCACAGCCUUGUGUGUCCAUACAGGUGCAGUGUAAUAACCGAAGCCCACAACACAGCAAAAGCACUAAUCUAGAUUUUCUUUGGAGGUGAGAUUCCAAGUCUUUAGCUGAAGCUGAUGACAUGAGCUGGUGUCUCUGGCUCCUUUCCUAUUCUCUGCCCAGGAUGUUUAUCAGGCCAAGAAGCUUCCUGUUUCUUGUUGUCUUUGUACUGGCACCAAUACGAAAACAUUAAACCUCCCAACUCACUUUUGUAAAAUGAUUUUUUAUACAGAGGCCAAAGAACUGCAAGCCUCUCUGCAAGUGACCCUCCUGCUUAGGAGUACUCCUAGCCUAAUUCAGCUGCUGGGCUAUGGUAUUCCUGGCAGAAGGCCUUGUUUGUAAAGUGGGAAUGUAGCAGGGCAACUGUGCCUUUGGGCAUCAGAAAGGAAGCAGUAUAAAGAGGUCUGCCUUUAGUGCUCUUAGGUUUGCAUUUUGGGAGCCUCCAAGACACUAAAGAACCCCUGCACUCCAGGAAGAAUGGUAACCAAAUGGUUCAGGCUCAGGGAGCCUGAGGAGCUAGGCUCUGGUCCCCUCUACACAAGUUCCCAACACAGGGGGACUUUAAGCACCCCCGUCUCCCAAGUAAGACUUGAGAUCAGCUAACCUCCCCCAAAGACUACAGAAGCAUCAAACUUAUAACUAAGACCAUCACCAUAUAAAGACCUCUCUAACCAGGUAAAAGGUUAUUUGCUUUCUCUGAGCAGAGUACAUAUACUAGUCUUCCCAAACAUUCCAGAAAUCACUGAUAGAUA